AUUUAAGAGUAUUCAUGAGAGUAUUUAAAGAAAUUUUUUAAAUUGAAGUUAUCAGACAAUAAUAGCACUCUCGUAAACUUCCACUGCAAUAAGCUGGAUCUACCACAUGCUAACCCUCACACUUGCCAAGAGGGAUUAAAACUGCACAAUGGCAAAGAUAUUACCUACACAAAAGAAGAGUCAUAGUUCUAAUAAUUUCUAGAAUUUCAUUAGGGAUAGAGUUCUAGGUACGCUUACAUGGAGUCCUUCUCUUGGUUAGUCAGUCUCUUCCUCCUCUAUCAUUCUUCUUCAUCAUUGUCCUCUUCCUGUAAAGAAAAAUGAUUUGAAGCAGUGAGAAUAGAGGAUUAGAGAGGAAUGAUAUCUGAAUUCAUUGAACCCUUGUUUGGAAUUGUAGAAGGUUUGGUGGGUUGCAUUUAGCUACCAAUGCUUUAAAUUCAAAAGAGUAGAAACAAGAUCUCUAGGUGAAGCAUCAAGAAAAAUUUUUAUUUUUUGAUCUUCUGGAGACAAAAUAGUGCUAGUCUCCAUAGUUUUUGUUUCUGAACUAUCUGAAAUUUCGUAACAGAAUCAGAAUUUGAAUUUCAACCAAUGGCAGAAGAGGCUCAAGAAUUCAACGGGACGAAGAUGGCUUACCAGUUGGCUAAUUUGACUUCCAUGCACAAUCGUGAUAUUCAAGAGCUGGUAUGGGAAAAUGGUCAAGUUCUCCUUCGAGGCCUGUCGAAAAUAACUCAAAAGAAUCCUCACCAGACUGCAGAUUCUGUCUCAGGAAACUCUUUGGGCCUCUCCCAGUUGACUAACUCAGAUCACCGAGAUAAGUUUGGCUCUUCUCAUCGUAACCGUAUGCACAACAAUUCUCUGCAAGAUAAGUACCAGGAACUAUCAUCAAAAUUAUAUCAUAACAACUUCAAUGUCAUUUUAGAACAUCAGAGAAGUUGUUACUCUAAGCAAUUCAUGGAUUCCCAAGUUGUUCCAGCACAAAAAUUUGCAAAUUAUAAACAUGAUAGAGGUUGCUAUGAUGAGCAACCCGUAGAUUCUCAAGUUGUUCCAUUUGCAAAUUACAAACAGGAUUAUGCAUCAAAGUUUGUAGAGAGGAUUCCUCAAUACAAGACAAAGAGCAAUAGUCAGGUACCUCAGUCCUCCUUACAGCAGUGCCAAGAUUCAGCUCCUUCUAAGAAAUCACUUGUGAACUCUAACCAGACUGCGGUGUCACUGGGGGGACGGCGGCAGUUAAACUUUGAGGAGCAGAAUUCAGGAAAUAUUGACAAGGGAGUAAGAGGAAAUGUUUCCUUCUUAUUCAAAUCUCCAGGUCUUCUAAAGGAUGAGAAUCCAAGCCGCUGUGCAGUAAGACCGAUAAGCAGUCCAGGUUUAUCAGGAGACAAGGAUUUAAAAGCUCCAAGAAAUAGCAUUCCUGUCAACUCAAUUCCUGAUGAUGGGGCAAAAAGCGUGAGAAAUUUUCAAAAUGAACCACAUUCAUUGCCAACCAAACUGAAGCCAACGCAGUCUGAUCCUGAGCCUCCAAAUGAGUCAGUUCCUGAUGAACAAUCUGCAGCCAUUGGCCAUGGAGAAGAUCCCGCAAAUAAGAGGUCCCCUAAUCAGGUUCAUGGCUCAUCCUUGGGAUUAACACCAAAAACAUCCAAGGAAAAUCCUGCAGAUAGAGAAUGUAAUCAGCAGCUGGUUGCCUCAUCUUCAAUUUGCUCCCUUGAAGCUUCAAAUAAUCCAGAACACAGUUUGAAGAGGAAACAUGAUGACACUGAAUGGUCAGCAGACAUAAGUGAGAAUGGAUCUGAAGAACUGGAUGGUAAAAUGAAAACAGUGCCUGCUCAAGGAACCAAAGGUACCAAGAGAAACCGAAAUGCAAAUGUUCACAAUCUAUCUGAAAAGAAAAGAAGAGAUAAAAUAAACAAGAAGAUGCGUGCAUUGCAAGAGCUCAUACCCAGUUGCAUCAAGGUGGAUAAAACUGCAAUGCUUGAUGUGGCAAUUGAGUAUAUAAAGACGCUUCAACUUCAAGUACAGAUGAUGUCAAUGGCAAGUAGCAUUUAUAUGCCCCCACUGAUGUUACCAACGACAAUGCAACAUAUAAACACACCACAUUUGGCCGGUAUGGAUAUGAGAAUGCAGAUGCCUCCUGGCUUCUACCCAGUUCAGUUCCCAGCUUCAUCAAUUUCAGGAGCCACAGCUCCAGCUGGGGUCACAGAAGCUAGACCAAACAUGCUGAGAUGCCCUGGUCAAUUUCAACCAAUGUCUAUUUCACCUUCACCUUUUGUAUCUUUUCCUGGAAGGUCUUCCAGCCAAUCAGUCCCAACAGUUGAUACUUGUCAAGUUGCUGCUCCAAUGGAACUUCAGUGUUCUGCUCCCCCUUCUCUUGAGAAGAAGUCAGAAUUGAAGAAACCGUGCCAAAAAGGAAGAAACAGAAAAUCUAAAAGAAUCAACGAGGUGCAGAAGAAUGAUUGAUAACUAGAGCAGAGCCAUUGCCUGAGACAAACUGUACAAGUAACAGAACAAGUAAGUUCAUAAAAUAUACGGAUAGACAAGGUGUUUUCAUGAUUAUCAAUUUAAAUACAAGCUUGUGGUUUCUUUUUUUCUUUUUCUUUUUCCCCUUUUUUCGAAAGGUAAGGAUUAUAUUAUAAAAUAAAUAGCAUCCAUACAUCCAAGUUGUACGCAUCCUAUCAAGAGAAGCUAUCCUAUAGCACUAGUUACAGAGGAAUUUAUGUCCAUAGCAAAUGAGUCAAUUAAGGUAAAGAGGACCCGACUGUAUCUAGAGAUUGUAAGACCAAUUGCUAUAAGAGACAUUAACAGAGUUAAGGGAGACAUUAACAACGUUUCUAAUGACCCUAAAAGUUUGUGGUUUCUAAAUAAAUAAGAAAAUCUAACAAAUCCAAACCUACCUGGCUUAAAAUCAUUCAUUGAACAGGAGGAUGCAUCAGUAACUUCUCAAGAGAAACCCGCUGCUUUCUCAUGAUUACUUGUUCAAGACUUGAAUGCAAAGAUUGUAAGAUGGAUUAUUACACAGUUGGGAAAUGAGAAGAUCCAUUUAUAUUAGUCCCCCACUCUCAAACAUGAAGAUGUUAAAGCUGUGCCAAUUAUAUCAGAUUCCCCUGCAGAACCAUUAAGCAACAACAAGCAUCCUUUUUAUCAAUCACGUCAGUGCAGAAGCCAGAAAAGCAGUUACUGAUGAGGCAUUCAAAUUUUAGUCCAGUUGAGUUCUCCGAAGGUUGUUGCCCUUUCGUGUCAGUAUCAAUGUACUAUGAAUAUAAAACUAUCCUUGUAGAAGUUGAAACAUCUUUCUUACAAGAUAGCUAUUUCAGUUAACACCUUGUAUGAUUGUUGAUAGAAUUUGAAUUUUCCGACUAGAUAUACUGUUGGAACACAUUUAUGGAC